AUGCCUACACCAGUUGCUUCAUCGGGGAUGAUUCUGUUAGCUUCGGAGGCUGCCCUAUCAACACUUGUAGAUGGGCAGCAUGUAGGGGCAUCAACCACUUCAACGACCGUACCUGGAGGCACGACAGAGGAGGUGAUCCCUAUUUCUUCCGCAAAGGAGGAAGGGAACAAAGUCGAAGAGGAGUUUGACGAUCCAGCUGACUUGACCUUUAGAGAAACUAGUAAAGAGGAUUCUCCCUCUAGGGCUAAUCGGUCACCAGGGGAGGAAGAUAAAGGAGAAGAAGAAGGGGACGAAGGAGAUGAUGCUUCGACCCACGGUGAGACGUCAAGCCAGGAGGAGGAGCCGUCAGCUCAUGAAGAAGUGCCAGCCCAGCAAGGGGAGGCCUUGACUCUUGAGGAGAAACUGGUUCAUGAUGAAGCACCGACCUAG